CAAUGGCCCUUCUACCAAAACUAGGUGAAUAGGACACUUCUACUCAACGAGUAACAGGGCGGCGUUGAGGGGAAUAUGUGCGGGAGGGGUGCGCACUGUUCAGUGCAAAGAGAACGACAGCAGAGAGGAAGACAGGGUCGAGAGAAAGCGCAUGUGUGAUUCCGCUCUCUCUCCAUGCAGGCAGCCCACUCCUGGCGAGCUCCCCCCAUCUUGUGUGUAUAACGUCUCUACCACCGGACAGCCGUACCAGCGUCCGCGGGCACUGCGGGGGAAAUUCAACCCAGAAUGGAGUGAUAAUGAACGGAGCCUCUCUUUUUCUUUUAGUCUUGUUUUUCCCCCGACUGUCAUCCUCCUCGAUGUCUCUUAUCAGUUUUUAACCAAAACAAAAUGUGGAUUUCUUGUGACCAAUUUUUAUUGAUAUUUUCUGGCUUUUGGGGACUCACAAUGGGUGCUUUCCCGAGCAGUGUUCAGAUCGGCGGCCUGUUCAUCAGAAACACGGAUCAGGAAUACACAGCGUUUCGCCUGGCCAUCUUCCUGCACAAUACUAGCCCCAACGCAUCCGAGGCCCCCUUCAACCUGGUGCCUCAUGUGGACAACAUCGAGACGGCCAACAGCUUUGCUGUCACCAAUGCCUUCUGCUCGCAGUACUCGCGGGGCGUAUUCGCCAUCUUUGGCCUGUACGACAAGCGCUCGGUGCACACGCUGACGUCGUUCUGCGGGGCGCUGCACAUCUCCCUCAUCACGCCCAGCUUCCCCACCGAGGGAGAGAGCCAGUUCACGCUGCAGCUUCGGCCCUCCAUCCGCGGAGCGCUGCUCUCGCUACUCGAUCACUACGACUGGAACAAGUUUGUCUUCCUCUACGAUACGGACCGGGGUUAUGCCAUACUGCAAGCCAUCAUGGAGAAGGCGGGCCAGAACAGCUGGCAGGUGAGCGCCAUCUGUGUGGAGAAAUUCAACGACGCGGCCUACCGGCGCCUCCUGGAGGACCUGGACCGACGGCAGGAGAAGAAAUUUGUCAUCGACCUGGAGGCCGAGAGGCUCACCAACAUGCUGGAGCAGAUUGUCAGCGUCGGAAAACAUGUCAAAGGCUACCAUUACAUCAUGGCUAACUUGGGGUUUAAGGACAUCAACCUAGAGCGCUUCAUGCACGGAGGGGCCAACGUGUCGGGCUUUCAGCUGGUGGAUUUCAGCAACCCCAUGGUCAUCAAGCUGAUGCAGCGCUGGAACAAGCUGGACCAGAGGGAGUACCCAGGCUCCGACAGCCCCCCGAAGUACACAUCGGCUCUGACGUACGACGGCGUGAUGGUGAUGGCAGAGGCCUUCAGGAACCUGCGUAGGCAGAAGGUUGACAUCUCUCGCCGGGGCAACGCUGGGGACUGUCUGGCUAACCCCGCCGCCCCCUGGAGUCAGGGCAUUGACAUGGAGCGCACCCUCAAACAGGUCUGGCUGCAGGGAUUAACAGGUAAUGUCCAGUUUGACCACUAUGGACGCAGGGUCAACUACACCAUGGACGUGUUUGAGCUGAAGAACAACGGACCCAGACGAAUGGGUUACUGGACGGAUUCAGACAAGCUGGUUCUGAUCCAGAAUGAAGCCCUCAAUCCCAACGAAAUCAUGGAGAACCGAACUGUCGUGGUCACCACUAUCAUGGAGGGUCCCUAUGUCAUGUUGAAGAAGAACUGGGAGCUGUACGAGGGCAACGACCAGUAUGAAGGCUACUGCGUGGACCUGGCCUCGGAGAUAGCCAAACACAUCGGCAUCAAGUAUAAGAUCGCUAUCGUUCCUGACGGAAAGUACGGCGCCCGGGACCCGGAGACCAAGAUUUGGAAUGGAAUGGUCGGGGAGCUGGUGUACGGGAAAGCGGAAAUCGCUGUGGCCCCAUUGACAAUCACGCUGGUCCGGGAGGAGGUGAUCGACUUUUCCAAGCCCUUCAUGUCACUGGGCAUCUCCAUCAUGAUCAAGAAGCCCCAGAAGUCCAAACCUGGGGUGUUCUCCUUCCUGGACCCGCUGGCCUACGAGAUCUGGAUGUGCAUUGUGUUUGCCUACAUCGGCGUGAGCGUGGUGCUCUUCCUGGUCAGCCGCUUCAGCCCGUAUGAGUGGCACACCGAGGAGCCCGAGGAGGGCACCGACGGUCCGCCCAGCGACCAGCCCCCCAACGAGUUUGGCAUCUUCAACUCCCUCUGGUUCUCCCUGGGCGCCUUCAUGCAGCAGGGCUGUGACAUCUCCCCCAGGUCUCUAUCUGGGCGUAUCGUGGGUGGUGUGUGGUGGUUCUUCACCCUCAUCAUCAUCUCCUCCUACACGGCCAACCUGGCUGCUUUCCUCACUGUAGAGAGGAUGGUGUCGCCCAUAGAGAGUGCUGAAGACCUGGCUAAACAGACAGACAUAGCCUACGGCACCCUAGACUCCGGCUCCACUAAAGAGUUUUUCAGGAGGUCAAAGAUCGCAGUCUACGAGAAGAUGUGGGGCUACAUGAAGUCGGCCGAGCCGACUGUGUUUACCAAGAACACCCAGGAGGGGGUUGUACGUGUGCGGAAGAGCAAAGGGAAGUACGCUUUCCUAUUGGAGUCAACCAUGAAUGAGUACACGGAACAGCGGAAGCCCUGCGACACCAUGAAGGUCGGCGGAAACCUGGACUCCAAAGGAUACGGAGUGGCCACCCCCAAGGGUUCACUGUUAAGAAGCGCAGUUAACCUGGCAGUGUUAAAACUGAAUGAACAAGGCCUGUUGGACAAAUUGAAAAACAAGUGGUGGUACGACAAGGGAGAGUGUGGCAGCGGCGGAGGUGGCGAGAAGGACAAGUCGUCUCAAGCCCUGUCGUUGAGCAACGUGGCGGGGGUCUUCUAUAUCCUCGUGGGGGGCCUGGGCCUGGCCAUGCUGGUGGCCCUCAUUGAGUUCUGCUACAAGUCCCGGAACGAGGCCAAGCGAAUGAAGCUGACCUUCACAGAGGCCAUGAGGAACAAGGCACGCCUGUCGAUCACAGGCAGCGUGGGGGAAAACGGACGUGUCCUGACGCCUGACUGUCCCAAAGCGGUCCACUCGGGCCCCUCACUCCGCCAGAGCUCCGGCCUGGCCUUGGUCUCCUCCGAGCUCCCGUGAAAACCAAAAACCUUCAAAGUGCCUUAAAAAACUACCUACCCACAACCACCAUAUACCACAAAGACACAGGACAAGCACCACCCUAACCGGACACCACUAUUGUCUGGGAAGAGAAGGACUAUCUAACGUUGUGGACAUUUUCUAAUGUAGCAGAGAUGGGGACUCUAGUGAAUUGGUGGUCAUUUUAGAAGGAUUUCUGUGGAAAAGUACAAUCUGGAUUUUCACUAUGGUCACGCUGGGGCUUAUUGUAAUCACGGUGGCGUUUCUCGGUGGAGAGGUGGAGAUUGCGUCUGACAUGUUCCACUCAAGACCCUGUACCAACUUACCAUACCUCGCACUGGCGAAGGAAGAGGAGGAGAAACGAGAGUCAAGUGAAAAUUAAAAGUAAAUGACCAGAAAACUGUAAACUUUAAACGUGUAACUGUGUAUCUCUGGGUUGCUGACUGUGAAUUGGCAAACAGAAUCACAAUCAAAAAGUGGACAAUAUUUAUUACCAGUUGAGAACAGUGUUUGAAAGACAACUGUCAGUCAACAAUUCACUAAAUAUAAAUCCCUGACAUCAUGAGGCGGAGUGUCCCCCGGUGUCACCAUGGAGAUAAACUAUAAUUAUUAACGAACUACAGUAACUCUAUUGACAAUUAAUAUAUGAUAAAUAAACUGUGAAGAUUUAGUAAAUAUGUAUAUUCUGUGAAGACAAAGCUAAAGAAAAAAUAUUUGCGGUACAUAGAGGAGACUGCAUAACAUGCUUGCUUUUUCAACAGAUGUAAAUAGCUGAUUCGGUAGUGGACAGAGGACUGUUCUCUUUUUGUAAACAUCUUUAAAGAAAUAAUUCAUCGCAAUAAUGGAUAAGACGUUUGAGGAGAGACAUUGAGACAGUGUUUUAUUUCUUCGAUGUUCAGUACACAGAGUACUGUGUUCAGAAGACAGAGUGCUGAACAUUCUUGCUCAAUGUUCCAUGGGUAUAGUAUCAACUCUGCCCAUCCAGAUACCUGUUCCCUACAUAUUAAUAUAUUCAGCGAUGAAUGUUAACUAGCCCCACCCAAUCCUCUAGCCCCACCCCAUCCUCUAGCCACACCUCCUCACUGUGCAGUCGUAGACCAGAAAGUGUCUCUCAUAGACCAAACUUUACAUUUAAGCCCUUUACUUGCGUUUCCGCUGUCAAAAUCGAACUAUAUAUCGUUCGAUCAUUUUUUUUUUGUAA